AUGAACGACAGGGGCACUCUGGCGCUGCUGUCCUUGCUGCUCCUCGCCCCCUUCUCCCUCGCUGCAGAGGAGCAGAAGGUGCUGGUACCGUCUCAGAUUCGGGGCUUGAACCCCUCUCUCUAUGACAAGUAUGAACCCACCACAUCUGGUCUCUUUCACUGUCUCGAUGGCUCCAGAACUAUCCCGUCUGCAGCUAUCAACGACGACUAUUGCGACUGUCCUGAUGGUUCAGAUGAGCCUGGAACAGCCGCCUGCAGCGUCGGCUUCUUCUGGUGCAAAAACGAGGGGCAUAUCCCUGGAAAUGUUCUCAAGAGUCGAGUGAAUGAUGGCUUGUGUGAGCCAGACUGCUGCGAUGGUUCGGACGAGUGGGCGACGGGUGCUUGUCCCAACAGGUGUGAAGAGGUUGGCAAAGAGUACCGAGAGGCCAAGUCCAAGGUCGACAAGCUCCGAAAGACCGGCUCCAAGAUUCGCAACACCUACAUCAAAUGGGCCCAAGGCGAGAAGCAACGACUCCAAGAAGAGCUUGACGAGAAGAGGAAGGCAAUCUCGGCCAAGGAGGUUGAGGUGACCAUCGCCAGGGCCGCUUUGGACAAGGCUUCUGCGCAGAGCCAUGAAGAUCUCGAACGCAAGAAGCAGUCUCCCGUAUACCACUCCCUUCUAUCCCACCGCAGCGCCCUCACCAAGCUCCGCACCAAGACCAAGACUCUCGAGACUGAGAUUGAAGCUCUACACUCUCUCCUGCGCGAGAUGGCCAAAGGCUACAACCCCAACUACCAAGACAUGGCCGUCAAGGCUGCUGUGGUCGGCUACGAGGAGCUCACUGGGAUCAAGUACAGGGAAGGCGAGAGCGAAGAGGGUGAGGUCAAGAAGGAGGAGAAGCCAGAAGAGACGCAGGAGGAGAUCACUGAGAAGGAGCUCGAAGACCUUGAUAAGAUUGAUCUCGACGGUCUCCUUCUCUCGGACACUACCGGUGCAGCUGCCGAAGGUGACGAGGAUGAAGAGGAUGGCCUUUUGUGGAAGAUUGACGAAUACAUUCCCGACAACUUCUAUGACUCUUGGCAAACCAUCCGUGACUUGGUCAUCGAGUGGUCGGUUCGUCUUGGCCUUGCCGGUAAGCCCAAGAACAAGGGCAAUGGUGUCGACGGUCCUCAGGUCGCUGCUGCCCGCGAGAAGCACAGGCUGUUGGAGACCGAGCUUGUCAAGCUCCAGAACGGCAUUCGUUCCAACGAGGAUACUCUCAAAAAUAUGGAGUUGCACUAUGGUGUCGAGGCCGAGUGGAAGAAGCUCGAUGGGACUUGCGUAGAGCAGGUGAUCGGGGACUACACUUACGAGCUUUGCUUCUUUGGCAAGGCUACCCAAAAGAGCAACAAAGACGGAUCCUCCAACCUCCUCGGGCAGGUCUUUCGCGCCUCUAGAAAGACACAGCUAACCCGACAUAGUAAAUUCGACCAAUGGAACGUCGCCGCCUCCGAAGGCACCCUCCCCUACUACUCCCAACAGCUCUACAAGAAUGGCGCGAAAUGUUGGAACGGUCCGAACCGCAGCGUCGCUGUUGUCCUCUCUUGUGGUACUUCGAACGCUUUGCUUUCUGUGGCCGAGCCAGAAAAGUGCGAGUACAGGUUCAAGAUUAGCAGUCCUGCCUUGUGUUGGCCGGAGCAGCAGCCGGUGGUGGAGAGGGAGGUGAAGCAGGAGAGCAAGGAUGAGCUGUAG